GCGCCAUAGAAAACACCGCCAGCCUCACCAACUUCUGGCAAUUACUGGUCACUUUCAGUUGUGUUUCUUCGUUGGUGCUCUGAGCGGUCAAUUAAAGAUAAUUCGUUUUAAUUGUCAAAGAUUAGUUGCUUGUAGAAUACUCAAAAAUGAGUUUCGGUCUACCUUCUGUGAAGCCUAAGCCAUCGACAGAGAAUGGAAUAAGCAUUCCCGAUGAUACGUAUGGCGUUCCAAAUGCUUUGGUAUCAGGAUUAUCAGCUACUAGAGCAAGCCUCGGAUUUUCACAUCCUCUACAAGCAUCAGAGCAAAGUUAUGUCCAAAACCAACUUCGCAUGGAUAUGGCAAUGCUGAGAAACACGCAAGGUCUCCAUGCACCUAUGCGUCUAGCUAUGGAACUCAAAUCUGCUGAUAAAAUUGGGAGGCUCCCUUUCCUUCCAUCUUCUGGUUUGAUGAGGGAUGUGAUUCUCGGCAGAGAUGAAGAAAUUGGAUUCGAGGAUAUACUUAAUACCACUGAAUUCAGAGAACAGAUGUGCCAGCCGCACGCAAUGGUAGAGCAAAGUUUGGGAAUUCUCUAGGAUCUCUGAAUAUCCACAAUUUUUUAGGCCGACACUCUCCAUGCUAUGCAAGAUGACUGUGCCUCUUAUGGUACAGGUAAUUAAUAAAUUCUUUUCGAUUGAAA